UAGAUGGCAACGAGCAAGAUUUCUGAACGUUGUAUGUUUAUUUGUCUUCUCGGUUUAACCAGUGUGAUCCAUGUCAGCAACUCAGGUAUUGCAGGAAAGCUCGAGGGUUUCGGCGACGCGCAAACAUCAGAUCAAGCGCCUUGUAUCUCUGAGGUCGCGUGGAUCAGUCAACACUCUUAUUUAGUUUUUCUUUUAUUUAUGCAUGUUUUACUAUAUAAUAUAAAGUACUGGGUAUAAUUUUGCUGUACAGUACUGGUAUAUUAUAAUGUAAUAUUUUACUAUUUUAGUUAUUCUCUCCUACUCAAUGCCAGUUGGGCAAAUAGCCAAAAAUGGUAAAGUGGACUACAAUGACACAUCUUAUAAUGGAGUAAUUACCAAUGGCUUUUACAAAGAUGGUACUGGAAUACUUACAGAUGGCAAGUUUGGUCCUGCUAACUCAAAAGAAUUUAAAGGCAAAGGAUGGGUGGGAUGGAAUGCUACUUUUACUCAAUCACAAUACAUUGACAUCACAUUUGAGUUUUCUGGUGUGCGAAGGUUCACAAAUGUUACACUAACUGUGAACGUUGACAAGAAACGCGGUAAUGCUGUAUUUAAUAGAUCACAGAUGUUCUUCUCUUCAACCAAAGAUGGUUUCUCAGACACAUCAUUUCUUCAGUACUGUCCAAGAGAUUUUCAAGCCAAAGAUGAUUCAUACAAUGCAAAUGUAACUUUGUCACUUUGUGAAAAUACAGCAAGGUUUAUGAAGUUGCGGCUAUAUUUUGGUGGACAGUGGUUGCUAAUCUCUGAGAUUAGUUUUAAUUCAGGUAUUUUGGCUCGCUAGUUGUGUCAAGCCCAUCUUGAGGCUGACAAUGUGAUUCUAUAUUUAUAAGGUAUAAAUAAUUAAGUCAUUGUCAGACUUCAGCCAUUGUACCAUUGACAUUGUCUCGUGUGCAUUCAGGCAAAUCCGGGCAUGUUUUUAGAAAUCUUGUCUGGAUCAAUAAAAGUAAUAUUUUCUAAAGUUUUGAAAUAAACGGAUUUGCAGAUGUAUCCAUGUUUAACAUAGGGUUAGCACAAAUCUAGCUUUGAACAUCCGUCUCCGGAAUUGCAACUAGUUGUGAACUGAGUCAAUUUGAAUAUAUAUAUAUUCUAGUAUAAAACUCUAAUAAAUUUUAAAACCCUGUCCUGAUCUGUCUCGGUUAUUCUUUGAUAUUGUUAGUUCCUGCGAGUAAAGAUGAGAAGAAGUUACUUCAGAGUUGUUCAGGCAAAACAUCUCAUUCUUGUCCGGUUGUACCAACGACGAUCCCUCAACUGACAAAUACCAAAGCAAAACCUGGAUAUAAUGGCGG